AUGGGCAUCCUACCAAAAGGCCUCUCCUCCGUCCUAGCCAAAGCGCCCACCGACGUCGUCAUCCUCUCCUCCCUGCGCACCCCCAUCACCCGCUCCUACAAGGGCCACCUAAAGGAUGCCUACCCGGAAGAGCUCCUCUCCGUCGUCCUGCGCGCCACCCUCGACAAGGUCCCCGAGCUCAACCCAUCCAACAUCGACGACGUCGCCGUCGGCGUCGUCCUCUCCGAGCUCGGCGGCUCCAAGGCCGCCCGCAUGGCCAUGAACCACGUCGGCUUUGAUUCUUCGUCUACUUCCUUAUACACCGUCAACCGCGCCUGCUCCUCUUCCCUCCAAGCCAUCGCCUCCAUCGCCGCUUCCAUUCGCACAGAGGCUAUUGAUGUGGGCAUCGGCGCGGGAAUGGAGAGCAUGACGCGCAACUACGGCUCGCGCGCGAUCCCGACUUCUUACUGGCCUGCUUUAAAAGAAAGUCCCGUCAAGGACGCUAGGGAUUGCGUCAUGCCCAUGGGCUUGACUUCGGAAAACGUCGCGAGCCGGUAUGGUGUGUCGCGCGAAGACCAGGAUGCGUUUGCCGUCAAGUCGCACCAGUUGGCUGCGCAGGCGCGCGCGGAGGGCAGGUUUAAGGAGGAGAUUGUUCCGGUGACGACGCAGUAUCAGGAGGUGGAUAAGCAGGGCGCCAAGGUCGGCGAGGCCCAGACGGUGACCGUCACAGAAGACGACGGCAUCCGACCGACGGCGUCGAUGGAGGGCAUGGCGAAGUUGAAGCCCGCUUUCAAGGCCGACGGCACCAGCACGGCGGGUAACUCGAGCCAGGUUAGCGAUGGUGCGGCGGCGACGUUGUUGAUGAGGCGGAGCACGGCGACGGCGUUGGGACUUGGUGAUCGGAUUAUCGGCAAGUUUGUGGCCGCCAAUACGGUGGGGUGCAAGCCGGAUGAGAUGGGUAUCGGGCCCGCGGUGGCGAUUCCCAAGUUGCUGGGCCAGCUGGGGUUGGAGAAUAAGGAUGUGGAUAGGUGGGAGAUUAACGAGGCUUUUGCUAGUCAGGCGAUUUACUGCUUGAGGGAGCUGGGGCUUGAGGAGGCGUGGAAGGAUGGUAAGGUCAACCCUGAUGGUGGUGCGAUUGCUUUGGGUCACCCCUUGGGCGCUACUGGUGCGAGAAUGGUGAGCACUUUGUUGCAUGGUCUCGGAAGGACGGGUGGUGAGGUUGGUGUUGUUAGCAUGUGCGUUGGUACCGGCAUGGGCAUGGCUGGUGUCUUUGUUAGGGAGUAUCUACCAUCUGCCUGCUUGCCCACCUGCAGCGCCUGCAGCGCCUCGCGUCAAACGACAUAUCGUGAGCCUCAAAUCGCCACUCAAGCCGAGAUUGAUAUUCUCUUUGACCCAUUGCUGGGCACCCACGUUGAGAGAUCGUUCCGAUCUCAAAGAUAG